UAUAUACUUUGAGUUAAAACUUUCAUUAAAGAGGAUUAUACAAGCAUUUUCAAAAAAUAUAAAUAAAUAAAUGAAUUAAAAUAGACUGUUUCUACUCCAAAUCUACAUUAAUGUACAACUUGUUUGUAUUGCAUAACUCCUAUUAACGAAGUUAUCUAUAGUGACGAGAUUCAGAAAGGACAGUGUGUCACAUGGUGUUGUCAGCUGCUAAAGGUGAUCAGUCAACUUCUCUUUUAGUGGUAAAUGUGGGAAAUAAACUCUCUCUCCCUCCUCUCUUGUCUCUGCUUUAUGCAUGUGAAAUCUCAGUUUUACUCAAUAAACUAUUGAGGUAGAAACUUUCAAAGGUUUAAAAGGUUUCAGGGUGAAGGGAAGCAUAUCCCUUACGAAAUUCAUUCAAGUGUGCUAUUAGUAUACUUCUUUUAAACUAAAAAUAGGAAUGCAUGCUUUUAGUUUACUUUGUAUGUACUUCUCAGAAAUGGGCUUCAUGUACUCCUCAUAUGUGUAUUUAAAUUGACAUUUAAGUAUACUUGACAUGUGAAAGCUCAGUUUUACUCAAUAAACUUUUGUGGUAAAAACUUUCAAAUAUUUAAAAGGUUUCAGGAUGAAGGGAAAUCGUACACUUACAAAAAGUCUAAAUAUGUUUGAGCUAUACUCCUCGAAUCUGUGUUUUCAUUAUUAUACGGUAGAGGGCGCUAGUACACAUCUUCUGCACAGAAUUUCCAAAAAUGCACAAGUGAAGAAAAAAGAAACACCAGAUACUAUGACAUGUAACACGAUCAUUUGACAUGAAACAGCAUUAAAACUGUAACGUUAUGAAAUAAAAUGUUGACCGAUAAAGAGGUUUUGGGUGUUGAUCGACUCCAUCUACGUUUUGAUUAUCAUUCUGAAUUCAAUUCAUAGUCUUUUUUCAGCUUUUUGUUUACACAUUAAAGUGUUUAAAAAAUAAUCCAUGAAGCUGGAAUAAAAUGGUUUUGUUUACAAGCAGAUACCCUGUUCUUUCUUUUGAUGUUUUUUAUAUUCAGAUAUUCAUGUAACAAAAUAUAUACACAUUAAAUUCUAAAUACAAAGUAUUUCAUUAGUAAACUAAAAGUAAACCUAUAAGUUCACUUUUAGUAUAAUUGUAGUACAAACUACAAACAUAGAGGUAAACUAGUGGUGUACUCAAAGUUUGACACUGUUAUUCUUAAAGUGUACUUAAAAGUAUACUUUUAAAUACUAGAAAGUGGGCCAAUUUACUCCCAAGGAGUAUUGAAACGGUACACUUACAAGUAUACUACUAUAGAACACUGAUAUUUGUAUACUUGCUACAUAAAGUAUACUUAAAAAUUAUACUUGAACAUUACUUAAGUAUAAUUAAUAAAAUAAACUUGAAGUGAACUACUUUUUCAUAAGGAAUGUCAUCGACUCAUAUAAUAUGAAAGUAUAACUAUAAAUGUAGCCAUAAGACAGGGCUAGAUCUCACUUGUGCACGCUGUCACAUAUUUCAGUAACUAUAAUGUUUUGAAUCAAACACCCAGUUACAUAAAUGUAUUGUGUACACAAAGUCAAAUAUUAGAGCACAUUCUGCACAUACAAACUACUUAUUAAUAUUGGUUGGCCACAAUAAUAGUUUGAUUUAUUUGACCUUUCCUAUUUUACUAUUCAUGAAGAUUUCUGUUUCAAAAUGUAAUUGUUCACAUUUUACUGAAACAGACAAAUCUGACUGAUUGACAAUAGUUUCCAUUGUAACAUCCUGACAUAGUGCCCAGAUAAUGAACUGUAUAUUUGUGAGGGGCAUUGACAGUGGAAAUAUAUAAAUAGCUUCUGUGUAGCCACAACGUAAAGGUUUGUAUCUUUUACAGAAAUGAACUGAAACUGAAUAGUAAAACAUGUGACUAGUUUAUGAUCUACAUAGAUUCACAUAUAUGACCACUACAAUAUAAUUCUUAACAAAUACCUAAUUAUCUCUUCUGUUUUACAUUUGAUACUUAGGCUACUAUUACUAUUAUUGUUUUUCCUUUAAUUACAUCAGACAGUAGUCAACUGAAAAUAAUCAGAAGACACUUUACUUUUAUUUCUCAAGCAUAUUUUACUCAGUGAUGUAAAUGAAGUUCAUCUUCUUUCACAAAAUAUGUGUGCAGACAUCCAUGAGACGGUGUAAUCUUCCACGUUUUCUCUAGAACUCCUUUUUGGCAUCCAUGCACAUCAUGGUAAACUCCUGAAACUCGCUUAGAUUUACUGCUCGCAAAUAGAUUUAGUGCUCUAUUAUGCACAACUUAUUCCCUGAUCACACAACAGUCCACAUAAAUAUUAUUUUCCAUAUUUGUCUUAAAUUUACAACACUCUCUAUGAACACAUUGGAGAUAGUCACCCGCCAUUUAUAGCUAGUACUUUUUUAAAUUUCAUUUAGAUGUUUAUGUAAAUGUAACAUAUGUUAUCUAUUUUUUUUACUUGUAACCAAAUUGUCUUCUUUCUGCUAAUUGAUCUGCUGAAAAGCGUUAGCCACUAUGAUUGCUGCUCACGCAUUGGUUUCUUUCAGUUCCUCUACUGAAACUAUCAGCUAACAGUGAUAAACAGUGACAAAAUGCGAAGAGCUGAAAAGGAUCUUUGUAAUUUUGACUGGGAAAAACAAGAAAGAACACAAUUUACAUCUACAGCAGUUAACAUUUGAUGUGGAUCAAAAACGUUCUUCAAUGUUAUGCUAAGAACCAAGUUAAAAUAAGAUAUUUGGAUAACUUGGAUGAAAGGUUUUGAUCUACUUGAAAUAUUGACUAUACUGUAGACUGUUAAUUAUUUUUAUGAAACUCAUAAAACUCCUCAGAGCCAAUUUCUCCAACUGCAUCCCAGUCCAGCAUGUCAAAUGUAAUCAUUAUGUGUUUCUUCCCCAUGUUGUCACAUGCUUCAUGAAAUGGUAAAACUGAAUGUCUGAGGAAGGGAAAAGAAAAGCACAAGAGUUAUUCCGUACAACUGAAAUUCCACCGAAACAAUGUAUUACAGAUGAAUAAAAAUUUCAUAAAAAGAUGAUCAAAAAUUACACAUUUGUCAAUUGUUCUCAUGUUAUUGUAAAUUAAAAGGGAAAUGUGAAUUAGCAAUUAUUAGUGUGUUCUGAUCCGUUCAGUGAUUUUUUUUUCUUGUGAAUAUCCAGCAGACAAAAAUAAUCCAGAGUAAUUUUAGUGUUAGUUAGUGAAAGAAGGCAAUGAAACUUUGAAAAAAGCCCCCUUAAACUUAAUUUUGCUCUUUAGACUGAAAUAAUUUUAACUGCUUCCACUCUCAAUCUACAAUUAAUGCUGUUUGUUACCAUGAUAUUAAGGCACCUUUCACAUUUCCACGUUUAUGGAUUUCGGAUUGACACAUAUAUACAGUAUAUAGUUGAAUCUCAUAUAGCAUAAUGUGUAAAAAAAAACUUGAAAUAAUUUAUGAUAUGCUUUAUAUUACUAUUAUUAUAAAAAAAAAUAUUAUAUAAUUGUUUUAUUAAAUUGUUUUAUUACUUUUUGUACGCAAUGUUGUAUUCACUACUUCUCCUAAGAAUUUGAUAGAAUAAAUGGACAUUGUAAAACUUUAACUAGAGUCAUAGAAUUUUCUUUUUUGUGUGUGUUUAUUAGUAGUAAAAGGUCUGUGUUCUUAGACGUAUACAAAUUACAAUGGUAUUUCUUUGUAGGUUUUAUAACCUCUACUGAGAGUUCUGUUUUCUUUUUUCCUUUCUUUCAUUCUUUUUUCUAUGUUAUCUGGACAUCUUUCAAAAAGGCUGAAAAGUGUCAUCAAACAUCUACUGUGAAAUUUCUUAUCAGUAAUCUUAAUGUACAAAUCACUAAAUGUCAUUAUCUGAGAGAAUAGGGGAAUAACUUAAUUGGAAAAACCAGCAGAUAGUAACGCGACCAGGUAAAUCAUCCUCUGACUUUCAGAUGAGAACAUGUGACAAAAAUACCCCGAGGUUUUGGAAAACAAACAUUGACUUAACAUCUUUCCUGCCCCGUUAGACUAAAUUCUUCACACAGUCCACAUUGAAAACCAAUUAGCAAUUUCAUAUCUUAUUUUUUUCCUGUCCAAAUAUAAUACAAUCUAGUAAAUAAUCACAUUGUUCUGUGGGCUGUGCGAUUGUAUAUAAAUAGCUUGAUAUUAGAGAAGAGAGAGGACAGUGAGAAGGCUCAGUGGAAGUGAAAGAAUUAGUGAUGAGAAUAGCUAAGGUUCUGGAGUUGAAGUUCCUCUAUAUCCUGCAUUGGUCCUUUUUAUUCUGCCCAAGGGAAAUUCUGCCCUCCUGACACAUUACUUAUAAGCUUGCCAUAAAAAACACGACACUAAAGCAACAUCAAUCUGGUAGUGGAGGUUAAUCUCUGGAUUUUUGAGUGAUCAAGGAUGUUUUUUCUCUUAUUGAGUGCGUUGUUGUUUCUCCAGUCCUCUGCUGAUGGAUCCAUCAAAACAGAAGAGAGCUACUGGACACUUAAACCAAAUGUGCUUGUGGUGAAUGCCAAUGUAGGUGAGGAUGUAAACGUGCCUCUUAUCUGUGGAGAGGCUUAUGAAGGGGAAAAUAUUACAUGGACCAGAAACGGCUAUGAAAAUCUUGAUGCCCAAGGAAACAGGAUUGUCGUCACAGUAGAGGGGUGGAUGGGGGGCAACUACUCUUGUUUCAGUAGUGAGGGAUCCUACCUAAACCACACACUGGUGCUGGCUCAGUGGACCUACAGGAAGUUUAUCAAGAAUACGCCUGAGAAAGGUUACAUUGAUUGUUCAUCUAAUAACUAUGGAGGUUCCUUCAAAUGUGAUUGGAAAUGGGAUAGAAAUAGGAACGGCCAUGUUGCUCAUAUCAAAGCCACACGCCCUGGUGGAAGCAACAUCAGCUGUUCUCUGGAUUCCAAUGGAUUUGUCACAUGCUUAGACCAUGACUAUUGUCCCUAUGCCGAAGAAGUGGAGCGUAUCAACCUGACCAUAUACUUCAGAAGCAGCUUUGUUGUUGAAUCCUACAAUACAAAGUUCUACAUCAUGGAUAUUGUGAGGCCUGAUAUGGUGCCUAUUAGACUGAUCAAUAAAACAUCCAUAGAGGUCAAAUAUCCCCACUCCUGGAGCACACCAUCAUCCUACUUCCCGCUUACAUUCCAAGUGAAAGAGAUUCGUUGUCGGAAACAUGACAAUUGUGACUGCUCCAAACUGAACUCACAGGAGAUUUUCUUCACACAAAGUCAGCAGCUGCCAGUGACAAAAGGGAUGACGGUGUGUGUGAGAGCGAGGGAUGAAUUCUGUAAUUCCUCAUGGAGUGACUGGAACCAAUGCAAAACCAGAAAACACAACAUGCAAAGGAGAUGAAAUAGUUAAAAAUGCUAUAAUUUAUUAAAACAUUAUGAUCCUUUCUGUAGUUAUGAACAAUGACUGACUCUGUUAGACCUUCUUUGGUCAUAUACUGUGUUAUUAAAUACGUACACAUAGUAUGUGUUUUUGUAAUAAUGUAUUUAUCUAUACAUGUUAAUGUAAUAGUAUAAAUAACACUACCGUGCUCUUAAAUUAAUUAUUUAUAUCUGUAGUACAUAUUGUGUUAGAUGUAUUUAUUAAGAUUUCAAUGUUUCUGAUGUCUUUACUUGGUUAUAUAAGAUAUAAAACAUCAAUAAUCUCAUAAUUCAGUUUGUCUUUAUUGCAUGUUUAAAUUAAGGAAAUGUUAUUUAAUGUCAUGUCUCACCAAGUGUGAACUAUAAUGUAGCAUGUAGUUUGCGAAAUAACACACACAUUGAAAGGUUUGGACUUUGUUAGGGUCCUAAUUAUGUGCAAA